AGUAACAGCAGGGUAAUUUUUCUCAGAUAUUUCUCUCCGUGUACCCACGCUUAUACCUUAUUUAACAAUGCAACGCUAGAGUUGAACUAAGAGAUGCGAAAUGAUUAUAUACGAGUACCUAUAUCUAUCAUUUACUCCCAAGAGUGCUUUAAGUUAAGGCGAAAAACACUAAUUCUCGUCCGCCAGCUAGACCGUAUUUACGAAUUUGUUGUUUAAAAAAAAACACGGACCCGGUCACGCUCUGCAUAGUACAAAUAUCGUGUUGCAGCAGUAUGCGUGCAAGUUGCUGUGAGCACAACACCAGAUACUUGUAGAAUUUGCGGCACCGUGAAAGCUGCAAAUCACGUACAACUCAAAAGCUAUCGAGUGUCGCCGAUCCGCGAGCGAUUGUGGUCAGUGGACCGAGGUCCGUGGCUUGCGACGCAGUCUUCUCCCAGCCGUCGCGUACGUCGGAUGGGAAUCUCUCCCAACUGUCGAAGCUUCUGUAAUAGCUCACCGGUGUCCGCGUUGACUCGAUCCGUCCCCGACAAAGGAUCUCCCGUUCCCGCAGGACCGAUGAUAAAGGCGAGACGCUAGCAGCAGGAGAAUCGGUAUCCAGGAUUAGCGGUAAUCCAGAGUGACAUUCUCGUCAGACUUCUACCCGAGACUCAGGAUGACCGUGACGGAGAGCGGAGAGGGUAAGCAGGCCUCGGUUCCGGACCUUUACUCCCAGCUUCGAGGUGCCGCGGCCGAAAUUGACGAACGCGCCUCCAGCGAGGAGUCGCAGUCAGCUGCGGUGAACGCGAACGGAAUCGCCUCACUCCCUCGGGAAAUCGGUCCCGCACCUACGGACGCCGAGCGGGGUGCUUCCAUCCCGUCGUCGUACGGAUGGUCAAAUCCUCUUUCGAACGACGCGACGGUCGUCGGGGUUGCAGAGGAACUGGCACCGUUGAAUCAAACCGCGAACCCGACGGUACUAAACGCACAUGGCGGUGGUGCCUUGAAAAAGAUGGUCGGCCCGAUGUCGGCUGAGGUCAAGGCUGAGCCUCCGGACGGUGGGUGCAGAGCAUGGGUGAUUAUGGUUGCCAGUUUCUUCGUUAAUGGAAUCAUCCUGGGCGUGAUUAAUUCCGCUUCCGUCAUCCACAUACAGCUGGAAGGAAUGCUCAAGAGUAGGAAUGUAACUGGAGCGUCUUCCAAGGCCUCCCUAGUGACUUCCUUGGCGAUUGGUAUGAUGUUCCUUAUGUCACCGGUCGCCGGUAUUCUCACGGAUAAAAUUGGGGUACAAAUGACGACCCUCCUUGGUGGUGGCCUCGCGACGUUGGGAUUGUUUAUAUCUUCCUUUAUUUGGCAGAAGAUAGAGGUCAUGUACUUAACGUACGCUAUAAUGUAUGGUCUGGGUGCUAGCCUCGCUUACACACCUAGUCUGGUCAUCCUUGGUCACUAUUUCAAGCGACGAUCGGGUCUGGUAAAUGGCAUUGUGACGGCGGGUAGUUCCGCCUUCACGGUUGCCAUGCCGUACGUCAUGCAAGCUCUACUUGACAGCGUUGGCAUGAAGGGUUUGCUUAUUAGUCUGGCCGCCCUUACCGCGGGUGUCAUGGCUUGCGCCGUACUAUUCAAGCCUUUGCUACCGCCAUCAUCGUCACCCGAAAGAUGUGCCGCAGGCCGUUUCAACUUCCAAUUAAAACUGAAAGAGGUGAUCAACAUCUCAAUGUGGAAGAGGAAACGCUACGUCAUUUGGGCUACCGCAAUUCCCUUAGCACUUUUCGGAUACUUUGUGCCAUACGUUCACAUUGGUGCGUUCGUGAAGAAAAAUUUUGCUGGACACGACGAAAAGUUGCCCGUAAUGUGCAUCGCUAUCACGUCUGGAGUGGGGCGCCUUCUGUUCGGAUUCGUAGCCGAUUUGCCACGUGUGAACCGUAUACUUUUGCAACAGAUUUCGUUCGUCACCAUUGGUCUCCUGACAAUGCUGUUACCUGUGACCAAUUCCUUCAACCUACUGCUAGUAAUUUCUCUUGGAAUGGGGCUGGUUGACGGGUGCUUCAUUUCUCUUCUGGGUCCAAUUGCAUUCGAUAUAUGCGGUCAAAAGGACGCUAGUCAGGCAAUUGGAUUUUUGCUGGGAAUGUGCUCUGUACCGCUGACUGUUGGGCCACCGAUCGCCGGAUAUUUGUUCGAUUCCCAAGGCUCAUACACCUUGGCAUUCAUUUUGGCUGGCGUUCCUCCGAUCGUUGGUGCGAUUGUAAUGUUCUUGGUGAGGUUCGUCGACGAUAACACGACCGGCUGUGGGAAAGACGAAACUGAACCAUCCGAAUGCUUGCAUCAGCCCUUGGCACAACCCGCUUGGCAAAACGGAAACGGAAUAAAGUUGGGCCUGGGCGGAGCUAGGGAAGAACCCUGGAGCUGCCAAACUAACCACAUUGGCGAUGAGUUUGGGAAACGGAUCGACGAUAGUGUUAGGAGGUGCUCGUCGUAUCGCUAUGACCGCUACUACUACUUCUACCGCAAUUGCAAGCGGCAGAACAUGCAUAAAACAACCUCAUUGACACCCGAUCGUCCGCGACGAGGCUGUCAACUUGUGCCGCACGAUAUUGCACGAUAUUCGGAAAGUGAACCCCUACUUCUCUGUACAACGUCUACAUCGUGUAGCAAUAAGGGCGCGAAGUGGAAUUGGUCUUUACAUGACUAUCGUGACGAUUACCGCGACUGGCAUUAUUCGGAAAAUAGUUUGUGUCAGCGGGAGUUCUAGAAAUUUGGGAUAACUUCGCUUCUUUUGUAAACACUCAGAAUUUCGCUACUGUGACAGUCCUUUCAGGAAAGAAGAUCCUGCCGAAUGAAUCUUAUAAAGUGCGCACUCCAUACGAAUAGACGCUGACAAACGUAUUGAUAUUCUCUACUUGUUUUUCUACCUUAUGUAAAUAAACUGCUUUAUUUGUA